GCAUACAGUAAGUCCUCAGUAAAUGCAAUCGAUAAAUAUGAUUGAUUGAUUCCCUGAUGUCAGCUCUGCAGAGAACCCAGCUUGCUAGAUGCCAUCAUCAAAAGUCAAAAGGUCAAGCCUGAUGCACACGCUCAACAGAAAAGUUGUGACAUAACCACAAAUAGAGCAACCAUCUGGGUAAGAUGGAUGGUAUUGGUCAGAUCCAGAUGGAGCAACAACAUCUAUGAAUCCUCAGUGCAAGGCGACAGGCUACAGGAAUUUAGAGCUUUCUUUUUUCCUGAUCGAUGCCACUGUUGAGAAUUGAAAGACCACAGAAAAAAAGGAAGCAGAGAAGAAAAACAAGGGAAGAGGAGAGAUGAGAGAUUUGGACCUUUGAAACUUCUAGAUCUGCUUUGUCCUCUUGAAACCCAAGCCAGCUGUGCUUUUGGUUAAUAAGCCAGACAGGUAACGGGACAAGACAAUGUUUCUGCCUCUGGCUCUGCUUCUUCUUGACUUGUCAGGCUGUUUUCCGAGCAGAGACUCCACGGAGAUGAAGGGCAUCAUGGGAAAAUCCCUAAGAGUGCAAUGCCAAUAUAAGAAGGAAUACAGGACAUGUGGGAAAUACUGGUGCAAAGGACCCAGUAGGUUAGACUGUCCCACCAUCGUUGAAACCAAAGGGUCAGAGGAAGAGGUGAAGAAUGGCCGGGUGUCCAUCAGAGACAAUCGCUUGAACCGCAGAUUCACAGUGACCGUGGAGAACCUGACGGCAGAGGAUGCCGGCUCUUACGCCUGUGGGAUUGUCAAGAACUUUGACUUAGAUCUCCUCUUGUGGUUUACAGUGUCUAUCUCCCAAGAGAAUGAGUCGACCACAGCCAAAUCUCCGUCAACGUCAACGCUGAUGACAAGAUCUCCUGGAAGGGGCAGUGCGGAGCCUGUCUCCAUGUCUCACCCCUCUGGAUCUGGUUUCCAAAAACCUGAAAUCUUGCUGCCCCUCGUAUUGACAGUGCUAUCACUGUUGUUGGUUGGGGUCUCUCUUCUGAGCUGGAGAGUGGUGUUGAGAAGGAAGAAGGGUGAUGGGAAACGAAAGGCGCUUCUAGGACACAAUCAGGUUCCAGAGAGGACGGUGGAUGAUCUUUGUUACGAAAAUCUGGAGUUGCAGUCAAAAGCCCGAAUAAUGAAAUCACCUGGCAGUGACACAGCGGCAUCCAGCAAGGAAGAUGAUAACUACGUCACAUUGUCUCUUUCCCAUUUGAACCCAGCCACCACCUCUAGCAACUUGUCGCGUUGGAUCUCCAAGCAGGAACAUACUGAGGAAACAGACUAUAUUCAGAUAAAGAAGACUUAGACUGCAACCUCUCGUACCUGUCUCACACAUUCUACUCCAGCUUCAGUUCCUGAGUUCAUCUUUCUUCUCUUCACGCUUCCAGCAGAAGAGUUCUCUCUGGGGGCUGGUAUCAUCCUGUGUAAAAACGGACAUGGUUUGGUCCUGCCUUCGGAGAACUUUUAUCCUAAUCAAUCAAUAAAUGAUACUUAUUAAGCAUCACUCU